AUGUCAGGCGGUCCUUGGCUCAAACACCUUGCCUCCACUCUCACCUCUCGAGCUUUCACUCUCUCUCGUCCCCCAUCUCGCUUCUUCACAACCCACAAGCCCAGAAACCUCUCGCGGCCCAAUUCUUUCAAUGCUGUAUAUAUCUCCACUUCUUCUACUACUUCUUCAGAGACUCCUGCGCCCCAGCCCUUUGCUUUGCCUUUCCAAUCUGUCAACAUUCUCUGCCAAAGACAUGUCUCUGAUAUGCUUCAAGAUGCUCUAUUAUGCUUUGGAGCAACUUCUACUAGUGUUGAUGAAGAUGAUGACAAUGAGGAUUCCAAUGAGGUCGCUGUAUAUUUUCUCAUCAAUAUGCAGAUUUGCAUUACUUCCAUAUUUCCUGAAGGUGAAGAUGUAGAUACUUGCAUUUCACAUGCUGCUGAUUCAAUAAGCUUGAAAGAGAUACCUCGUUAUGAAGUUACAAUAGGUGAGCAGUAUGACUGGAUAAAAAAAACUCAGGAAUCAUUUCAUCCUGUUGAGAUUACUGAAGGACUCUGGAUUGUGCCCUCCUGGAAAACUCCCCCUAAUGCCCAAGCAACAAAUAUAAUUCUGAAUCCUGGAUUAGCAUUUGGAACCGGUGAGCAUCCUACAACUAGGUUAUGUCUAUUGCUGCUUCAUGGUUUGAUAAAGGGGGGAGAAAAAUUCUUGGACUAUGGCACAGGUUCUGGAAUUCUUGCAAUUGCUGCAGUUAAGUUUGGUGCUGCCUUAUCAGUCGGAAUUGAUAUAGAUCCGCAAGCAAUUACAUCUGCACACCAGAAUGCUACUCUGAACAACAUAGGACCUGAAGAGAUGCAAUUAUAUAUAGUUCCGAGCGAAAAUUGCUCAGUUUGGACAGAUCCAUGUAGAUAUGUGGAAGAACGGAGCUCAUCUGGAGUGGAAGCCAUCUCAGAAACAGACAAGUACGAUGUCCUAAUUGCAAAUAUACUUUUAAAUCCUCUAAUGGAUUUGGCAGAUCAGAUUGUCUCUUAUGCAAAGCCUGGGGCAGUCAUCGGUCUCUCCGGGAUUCUCUCUGAGCAGCUUCCAUAUAUUACAGAGCGAUAUUCGCAGUUCUUGGAAGGCAUAUCAACUACAGAGAUGGAUGGUUGGGUCUGUGUCCAUGGCAGAAAGAAGCAAAUCGUUCCUGGCAACUGA